AUGGAGAAUAUCACAGACGAGCAAUUCCAACGCCUUCUUAACGACAUAGAGCAGAGCAGUGGGCCCGGACUGUUCGACACUUUCUUUGAUCCAACCUUACUUCCUGGGAAUGGCGAAGAUGGAAGUUUCCUUUGCUUUCCUCCUCUUCCGCCUAUCGAGGAAGAAGAAGUACCACCAAUAUCAGACGUUCCACCUCUUGAGGAGGAUGGAUACGCCUCUUCGAUCGCAAGCUCGGCGCCAGAGAAUGACCAAGCACUAACUAUGCUUUGGGUUGAGCGUCUUCUCGAACAACAGAGGGUGCAGCAGGAAAAGCUGAAUCUUGAAGUCGAAGCAUUGAGAACGACUCUCGAGACAAUCAGAAAGUACCACAUUGAGUCUCUCAACCCAUGGAUUGAGCAUGUUACGGAGACGUUGAAAAAUCUGGGAUGUAUGCUGGAAGAACCUCCAGCUUCUGCAACAGACGGCGAGUUCGAUAUCAAAGUGUUCGAUCGGUCCUGA